AUGUAUGGCCUGCCACCAAAACAGGGCCUGUAUGACCCCAGCUUUGAGAAAGAUGCAUGUGGAGUUGGUUUUGUUGUCAGCAUAAAUGGCAUUCGAUCUGAAAAGUUGUUAAGAGAUGCACAAGUGAUGAUAGAGCGCAUGAUCCAUCGUGGAGGAACCAGUGGUGAUGAUGACACCGGUGAUGGGGCAGGCAUACUCACUGGCAUUCCUCAUGAGUUGUACGCCUCUCACAUGAAGUCUCAAGAUGAGUCAGUUAUCUUACCAGACCUCGGAAAGUAUGCUACUGGAUUCAUCUUCACAGAUAAGGAUAGGAGCAAAUCAAAAGUGGCUGAGGAUUUGUUCGAUGAGUAUGCGCAAAAAUGCAAAUUGAAGGUAUUGUGCUGGAGAACAGUGCCGACAAACAACCAGUACAUAGGUGAGUUUGCGAGGCAGCACGAACCUCUCAUCAGACAGGUGUUUGUAACUGGAGAUUGUUCCGAUGAUUACGAAGCUUUCAACAGACAGAUAUUUCUUUUGAGGAAGUUGUCGUCCAACACAAUCACUUCAAAGACCCGUGUCCAGUUCUACAUUUGCAGCUUAUCUGUUGAUGUCGUCGUCUAUAAGGGUUGGUUGAACACACAUCAGUUGUGGCUCUACUUCAGUGAUUUGACCAACCCAGCGUUUAAGACUCACCUGGCACUGGUUCAUGGCAGAUUCUCCACAAACACAUUCCCAAGCUGGGAGCGAGCUCAUCCGCAAAGAGUGAUUGCCCACAAUGGGGAGAUCAACACGUUGAAAGGUAACGUGAAUUUGAUCCACGCGCGUGAGGGGGUCAUGGAGAGCAAGUUGUUUGGAGAGGAUUUGCAGAAACUCUUCCCCGUCGUUGAGGCGGGCAUGUCUGACUCGGGAAGUUUCGAUAAUGUUCUCGAGUUUUUAACCAUUGCUGGUGGGAGGAAGUUGCCUGAGGUGAUUGUGACGAUGGUGCCAGAGGCAUGGCAGAACGACACCUGCAUGCCCGAUGAGAAGAAGGCAUUUUACAGGUGGAGUGCCUACACAAUGGAGCCAUGGGACGGACCCGCACUGUUCACAUUCACUGACGGCCGAUACAUUGGGGCUAUUCUGGAUAGGAAUGGUUUGAGACCAUCGAGAUAUUACGUCACCAAAUCAAACCACAUGUACAUGGCCAGUGAAGUGGGAGUUACGGAUCUCGAUCCCAGUGAAAUUGUCUUCAAGGGUCGUUUGAAGCCGGGCAGACUGUUGCUGGUGGACACGAAGAAGAAGAUGUUCAUAAGAGAUGAGGACAUCAAGAAACAGAUAUCCUCCCUCUACCCUGUCAUCGACUGGCUCAAUGAAGAGCGACUUCAGCGUCGAGACAGCUCAGCCAACAUGACGAAGUACAGAGGAUCGAUCAUGGAGGAGGACAGAAGGCUGCCCAUGUUCGGCUGGAAUCUCGAAAUACUGAACAUGCUCGUCAUCAACAUGAUCGUUAACAAAAAGGAAGCUCUGGGCUCCAUGGGGAAUGAUUCUCCAUUCGCCUGCUUGUCCCAGUACAAUCCCACGCUGUUCGAUUACUUCAAGCAGUUGUUUGCACAGGUCACCAACCCACCUAUCGAUCCGUUUAGAGAGAAAAUUGUCAUGUCCCUGGCUUGCCCCAUUGGUCCAGAGUACAACAUUUUGGAUCCGUCAGCCAAUCAGUGCAAGAGGUUGUGGCUUGAACAGCCAGUCCUAUCCAGACAAGAUAUGUCAAUCAUCACAUUCACCUCAUACAAAGGAUGGAGGACGAAGACCAUCCACAUAAUGUACCCAGUGCACCAAGAUAUCGAUGGCUUGGUACCUGCCAUCGAUAACAUCUGCCACACAGCCGAACAGGCUGCACUCGAGGGCUUCCAGAUCAUUGUGCUCUCUGAUAAGAAGGCUGGGAGGAGAUUGGUUCCAAUAAGUUCUUUGCUGGCGUUGGGGGCUGUCCACAACCACUUGAUCAGAAAGAAACUGAGAAUGAAGGUUGCUCUCAUUGUGGAGACUGGUGAAGCUAGAGAGGUGCAUGACUUUUGUUUGCUGCUGGGUUUCGGAGCAGAUGCCAUAUGCCCCUACCUCGUCUACGAAACGAUGAAUGCUCUGAGGAGACAGCACAAGUUGGAUCCUCCUCUUGAAGACACGGAAAUUGUCUCAAAUUACGUUCUGGCCGUUGCAAAUGGCAUUGCCAAGGUCAUGUCCAAGAUGGGCAUUAGUACACUGCAUAGUUACAAGGGUGCCCAAAUAUUUGAGGCGGUUGGCUUAGCAGAUGAAGUUAUUCAGAAAUGUUUCCCUGGCACUCCGUCAAGAAUUGGAGGGACCACGUUUGCUAUAUUGGCUCUCGAGGCGAUGAACAGACACAACUUCGCGUUUGCAGAUAGGGAAUGUGACAACAAGUUGGUAACAACACCUGGAUACCUGCAUUGGAGAGGAGGAGGCGAGCAGCACAUCAACGACCCCAAGACCAUCGCUAACUUGCAGGAUGCCUCUCGUGAGAACAGUGUUGCAGCUUUUGAGAAGUUUGUGGAGACAGCCAACGAAAGUGUUCGUCAUUGCACGCUAAGGGGGCAGAUGGAUUUCGUGUAUGAUGGAAGGCCACUGGACAUCAAUGAAGUUGAAUCUGCAGCCAGCAUCGUGAAGAGGUUCUGCACAGGUGCCAUGAGUUUCGGCAGCAUAUCUUAUGAAGCGCACACAGCUCUUGCAAUUGCUAUGAACAGGGUGGGAGGCAGAAGCAAUACAGGUGAAGGAGGGGAGGACCCGUCGAGGUAUUUGACCAACGAUCCGAAGAACAGCACUCGAUCGGCCAUCAAGCAGGUGGCCUCGGGAAGAUUUGGAGUGACGAGUUCCUACCUCUCCCACGCCGACGAGAUACAGAUCAAAAUGGCUCAAGGGGCCAAACCAGGAGAGGGUGGCGAGCUUCCUGGAUACAAGAUAACAAAGGAGAUAGCAGAAGUUCGUAAGUCGAUUCCUGGGGUGGGCCUCAUCAGUCCCCCCCCUCACCAUGACAUUUACUCCAUCGAGGAUCUCUCACAGUUGAUAUACGACUUGAAGUCGGCCAACCCACAAGCCAGGAUAAGUGUGAAGCUAGUAGCAGAAGUUGGUGUUGGCGUUGUGGCGUCGGGUGUUGCCAAGGCGAAAGCAGGCCACAUAACAAUAUCGGGCCACGAUGGAGGCACAGGAGCGAGCAGUUGGACGGGCAUCAAACACGCGGGCCUGCCGUGGGAGCUGGGAUUGUCCGAAACUCAUCAGACACUGGUCAUGAAUGAUUUGCGGUCACGAGUAGUCCUUCAGGUUGAUGGGCAGUUGAGAACUGGUCGUGACAUUGUGAUUGGAGCCAUGUUAGGAGCAGAUGAGUUUGGAUUUGCAACGGCACCUUUGAUUGUUCUCGGAUGCACCAUGAUGAGGAAGUGCCAUCUCAACACCUGCCCUGUUGGCAUUGCUACUCAGGAUCCAGUGUUGAGAGCGAAGUUCACAGGCAAACCCGAGCAUGUGGUCAAUUACAUGUUUAUGUUAGCAGAAGAUGUUCGAUCCAUCAUGGCCAAAUUGGGAUUCAGAACCUUCCAGGAACUCAUCGGCAGAACUGACAAAUUGGUCUUUUCUCCAACACCAACAAUUGCAAAAGCUAAGCUCUUGAACUUUGAACCUAUUCUCUUGAAUGCUUUGACCUUGAGACCGAAUGCGAACAUAAGAGGAGGAACUGUACCGCAAGAUUUCAACGUUACAGAAAAACUGGACCACCAAGUUAUCCAGCAGGUGCAGAGUGUCAUCGACGGCAAGGAGCCAUCCAUUGAAAUUAAUCUAGCAAUAACCAACUACCACCGAGCCUUUGGAGCCAUGCUGAGCAACGUUCUGUCGCUGAAGUAUGCAGAGGAGGGCCUGCCUGACAAGAGUAUCGUGAUAAAGAUGGUUGGGUCAGCUGGUCAGAGCUUCUGUGCAUUCCUCGCCAAGGGCAUCUACGUGGAACUGCAAGGAGAUGCGAAUGAUUACGUUGGAAAGGGUUUAUGUGGUGGUGAGAUCAUAGUUUACCCACCUAAGAAUAUGCCGAAAGAGUUUCAGUCGGAGAACAACAUAAUUGUGGGCAACGUUGUUUUGUAUGGGGCAACGUCAGGCAAAGCAUUCUUUAGAGGUCAGGCUGCCGAGAGGUUCUGUGUCAGAAAUUCUGGGGCCAUUGCUGUUUGUGAGGGCUGCGGUGAUCACGGAUGUGAGUACAUGACGGGAGGUCGAGCUGUUGUGUUGGGCAUUGUUGGUAGGAACUUUGCAGCUGGCAUGUCUGGCGGGCUUGCCUUUGUGUAUGAUCGAGAGAAGCAGUUCAGAUCAAGAUGCAACUUGGAGAUGGUAGCCCUGGAGGACGUUGAUGAAGAUGAGGAUAAAAAGUGGUUGGAAGAUAUUUUGAAGGAGUUUGUUCAGAAGACGGGAUCGACGCUGGCCUCAUCUUUGCUGGACAACUGGGAGGCCUCGUUGCAGGACUUCAUCAAAGUCUUCCCACACGAGUACAGACGCGCACUUGAAGAAACAGGAGCCUACCAGGACAUCACCGUUGAUAAUGGACACGUCGAUGACGUUGAUGAUAUCGAAGAGAUCAUUCCAGACUUCAUCAAACAUCAACUUGACAAGAAAAAAGGUUUCGUGAAAUACAAGCGAUCCAAGAACCAGUACAGGAAGGUUGAGGAGAGGGUGAAUGAUUGGAAUGAGAUAUACAAUCAUGCUGGCGUGCAAAAGUACAUACAAGUUCAAGCUGCCAGGUGCAUGGACUGUGGCGUUCCAUUCUGUCAGUCCGAUCAUGGUUGUCCUCUCGGCAACAUCAUCCCUAAAUGGAAUGAUCUGGUCUUCAAACAAAACUGGAAGGAGGCAUUGGUGACACUGUUGCAGACCAACAACUUUCCUGAGUUUACAGGUCGCGUGUGUCCUGCACCUUGCGAGGGUGCGUGUGUUCUGGCCAUCAACGAACCUCCAGUAACGAUAAAGAACAUAGAGAACGCCAUCAUCGACUACGCUUGGAACCACGGAUACAUGGUACCUGACCCUCCGCAGGACUUCACCGGCAAGCAAAUUGCCAUCAUUGGCAGUGGACCUGCUGGUUUGGCCGCCGCUGCGCAACUCAACAAAGCUGGUCACAACGUGGUUGUAUACGAACGCAACGACGAGAUCGGAGGCCUACUUAGGUACGGCAUUCCAACUAUGAAGCUAAGCAAGGAGGUGGUGCAGAGAAGGAUCGAUCUGAUGGUGGCUGAAGGAAUUGAAUUUCAAACAGGUGUGCAUGUUGGCAAAAAUAAAUCAAUCAGAGAACUUGUCAACUUCAACGAUGCCGUCAUUCUCUGCCUAGGAUCCACUUGGCCCAGGGAUCUGCCAAUUCCUGGCCGUCACCUCAAUGGAAUUCAUUUCGCUGUAUCAUAUCUGGAAACCUGGCAGAAGAAGCAGACAGCAAAGGAGGUUGAUUAUUUACCUCUGUAUGCUAAAAAUAAGAACGUCAUUGUCAUCGGGGGUGGAGACACUGGCAAUGACUGCAUUGGAACAUCCCUCAGGCAGGGAGCCAACAGCAUCAUAAGUUUUGAAAUUAAUUCAAUGCCCCCGAAAACGAGAGCGAAGGACAAUCCAUGGCCCACUUGGCCCUUUAUUUUCAGGAUCGAUUAUGGACAUGCCGAGGUUCAAAACAGAACUGGCAAGGAUCCAAGAAUAUUUAACAUUAUGAGCAAGGAAUUCGUGGAUGAUGGGAACGGCAAUGUGGCUGGCAUAAGAACCGUGAAACUGAACUGGACGAAAGAUGAGCACGGAAGAUGGAAGAUGGAAGAACAACCCGAUUCGGAGGUCACCUAUCCAUGCGACAUUGUCUUGUUGGCAAUGGGCUACCUCGGACCAGAGCAAGAUUUGUUGGAUCAGUUGGCGCUGAAGAAGGAUUCCAGGUCUAAUAUUGAAACUCCGAUGGGCAAGUAUUCGACCAAUCAUCCAAAGGUUUACGCUGCGGGAGAUUGCAGGAGAGGUCAGUCUUUAGUGGUGCACGCCAUCAACGAGGGACGGCAGGUAGCCAGGCAGGUUGAUUUCGACUUGAUGGGGAGGACUUCCUUGGCUGGGAUCGGAGGGGUCGUCCAGUCGACCAGAACUGCAGAGUUUCUCUUGGAGCAGUCUAUGUGGAGUAGGCCUAUUAAGUACGACAUCGACACUAUGUAG